GAUCGUUACAAAGGAUUUGUAAACGGGAUAGAUUUACAUAUCUUUGAAGAAAGUGUAUAAAAUGCUGUGUCUAUAUUUAGCUUUGGUUUGAAAACAAAAUUAUUCAACCGGUUAUAAGCUAGCCCGUUAAGAUGUACUACAAUUUCGAGUGCUAUGUUAAAGAAUGUUGACUUUCGGUUAAAUUCCUACAAAAACUUGUGAAUUAAUGUCGCGAUAAAUAUGAUGAUGUUUAAUUCCACGACCACUUCAUAACGGAAAGCGUAGCAAUGGCAGCAAAGGUCAAGGGCACACUGGCCUCCUUCUGGGACACAAUAUGCCGGAAAAAGACGAUCACCGACGACUUUCACGACACCCCUUUGAAGAAAUGCCUCAGCACUUUCGAUAUGACCCUCCUUGGCGUGGGACAAAUGGUCGGAGCAGGCAUUUAUGUUCUAACAGGUACUGUGGUUAGGGAUCUAGCAGGCCCGGCCGCCAUAUUGUCCUACAUGUUUGCGGGCAUCGCUUCCAUCCUCUCCGCGCUCUGUUACGCCGAGUUUGGCGCACGGGUACCAAAGGCUGGCUCCGCGUACUCGUAUACAUACAUAGCCAUCGGCGAGGUUUGGGCGUUCGUGAUUGGCUGGAACAUAGUCCUCGAGCACCUCUUAGGCUCCGCCUCUGUGGCUCGAGCGUGGAGUGGAGCAAUAGACUCGCUGUUCAGCGGAGGAAUACGGAAAUACACGCUGGAACACGUGGGCUAUCUUGCGCAUGGCUCGCAGUGGAUUUCGGAAUACCCGGAUUUUCUCGCCAUGGCCAUCACGAUCCUGAUAUUUUUAGUGAUCACAACAGGAGCGAAAUUCACGGUGCAUUUAAAUACCGUGUUCACCAUAUUUAAUUGCGUAGUGAUCCUUUUCCUCGUCUGCGCUGGCUUCGCGUUUGCAGACGGAAGAAAUUGGUCGGAACAUGGCGGAUUCUUUCCGUACGGAUUCGGCGGGUCUCUGGCCGGGGCCGCCACGUGUUUCUAUGCUUACAUCGGCUUCGAGGGCAUAGCAGUGUCCGGUGAAGAAGCAAAGAAUCCAGAAAAAUCCAUACCCAUAGCAACCAUUACCUCCUUGGCGAUUGUGUCAUUAAUUUACAUCCUGGCAACCACGGCCCUAACGCUCAUCGUGCCGUACACUCAAGUCGAUCCUUCCGCUGCAUUCCCGAUGGCUUUUGCAACGCGCGGUAUAACGUGGGCGAAAUACAUUGUCGGAAUCGGCACCUUAUUCGGGAUAACUACUUCUUUACUCGGAUGCGCAUAUUCGCUGCCGCGCGCCGUGUAUGCAAUGGCCCAAGACGGACUUCUUUUUAGAUGUUUGGCUUACGUGUACCCAAGAUUUCAAACCCCCGUGUUGGCCAUAGCUGUGUUUGGAACCAUCGCCGCAAUAAUGGCGUUGUUGUUUGAAAUCACAACAUUAGUCGAAUUCAUGUCCAUCGGGACACUGACCGCAUACACGAUUGUUUCCGCGAGCGUGAUAAUAUUGCGAUAUCUUCCGGUCUACAAAUGUCAGUUCCAACUGAAACCGGAAGAUGACGUCAUAAGCACUGCUGCGGAAUCUACCUCCAUGACUGAAGAGUCAUCCAUAAUCAAAAAGUCAAAAAGUCACGACGAUUUCGGUCAUCUGAAGCAAAAGCUGCGCGCUUUUCCGAUUCUCAACAAAUUCGAGCCCGGAAACGCCGUCAUGUUGGCGACCUUUCUCCUGAUCGUCAGCAUCAUAUGCCUGAACGCGACGCUUAUAUUCGCGUUUGAGUACUGGAGCACCGGAAGUUGGUGGGCGAUUCUCCUGAUCAUUAUCUUCGUCGCCAUGGUCGUCACGUGCUAUCUCGUCAUGGUCGCGCACGAAAAGAAUGACGCGUUCAUGACAUUUCAGAUUCCGUUGGUUCCCCUCAUUCCUGCGUUGAGCAUUGCGUGCAAUACUGCGCUGAUGAUGAAGCUGGGCCCAUUGACAUGGAUACGACUGGUCAUCUGGAUGGCUGUGGGCUUCGUUCUGUACUUCUGCUACGGCAUGCGACACAGCGUAGAGGGCAGGACCGGCACGAGUUACGGGCCCAUGGUGACGUAUGGCGGCGAGGCCGACCUGUCCCGUGGUACUCUCGAACACCUUGAGGAGGAGGUGGUACAACAACAACCCGUCAACAAGGACCCACCCCCUACCUACGGAAACUUAUAAUAGUGAGCUUGCAUAGUGAAACGAUACUUAAAAAAUAAUAUAU